AUGGCCUCCGUUGCUCGCGCCUUCCGUCCCAUUGCUUCCCGGGCCUUUGCCCAGAAGCCUAUCGCUCCCAUCAGCGCUGUUGCGCCUGCUUUCCGCUUCCCGCGGGGAACCCGGAGCUUCUCUCAAAGCCUUCUUGCUCAAGUGAAGAAGUAUACUGAGUCGCACGAAUGGAUCGAGCUGGACGGCACCAAGGCCAAGAUCGGUAUCACUAAGUACGCCGCCAACUCCCUUGGUGACGUUGUCUUCGUCGAGCUCCCCGAAGUUGGUCUCGAGGUCUCCGCCGGCGAGCCCGUCGGUGCCGUUGAGUCCGUCAAGUCUGCCUCCGAUGUUCUCUCUCCUGUCGCUGGCAUUGUUAUCUCCGGUAACGCUGUUCUGGAGGACAAUGCUAAGACUAUCAACGCUAGCGCCGAGGGCGAGGGAUGGAUUGCUGAGAUCGAGGUCAGCGAUGUUGCAGAGGUUGAGGCUCUUCUGGAUGAGGCUGCCUACCUCGAGACUGUUGAGGAGCACUAG